AUGGUGGACUGUGCUGAUGAUGGUGUGCAAGAGGAACAGGAGUUGGGCUCGGUCCUCAUUGGGGAGAUGGAGAUCUUUCCCCCUAUAGGAUUGGACGAUCAGCGGGCCCUGGCUGGUGCUUUGGACCUGAGCGAUGGGGCUCACGAGGAUGACAGCGACCUGUCUUGGCCGGCCACGCCUGUGGGUCCGGGCCGGGCCUUUGGAGAUGCGCGGCAGGAUCAGGCAGGCAGCACUGGUUGGCUGCAAAUCAGCCUGUCUGACGAGGGAGAUGUGGGGGGCCAGACCUCUUUCCCCCAUCCCGAGGUUGAUUCGCAUGCGGCUGGCUCCCCCAUGCAGCUGUCGGGAAUCCAUGCAGACCUUGAGGGUGGGCACGUCCGUAGCAACAACCACACUCUGUGCGCCAAUCCCUUUGCGAAUGCGGUGGCAUUUUGCAAUGGCAUCCAAUGUGUUGUGAAUCCACUAUUGUCGGCGCCGCAGAUGGGUGGUGUUCUGUUGGCUUGGGACCCAGUGGUGGUGCAGCUCUCCAAUCCGCAUUACACUAAUAACACGGUGACGGCGCUUGUCAAGCCGGUCGGCGCGGCAGGGCAGUGGUGGAUCACUGGUGUGUAUGGACCGCAGUCGGACGCAGACAAGGUGGAGUUCCUCCAGGAACUGCUUGACAUCAGAGAGUUGCAUGCGGGGCCAUGGGCACUGGUUGGCGACUUUCAUUUAAUUGCCAACCCUGAGGAUAAGAGUAACAGCGCCAUCGAUAGGUGGAUGAUGUCUCGCUUUCGCUCCAAGCUUAACCUGCUAGAACUAAAAGAGUUAUAUCUGAACGGAAUGCGGUACACUUGGUUGAACGAGCGCGGCCAGGCAACGUUGGAGAGGAUUGAUCACGUCUUCGUCACCCUGGACUGGGAGGCGUUGUACCCUACUUGCCUUCUGUCUGCUCUGGGGACAUCUGUUUCCGACCAUUGCCCUCUGCUGCUUGACCUGCAUGCGGAUUUUCACGUGGGGAAGCGAUUCCGUUUUGAGUCCUUCUGGACGAAGGCCGAGGGUUUCUGUGAUGUCGUGGCUGACGCCUGGGAGUCUGUGUCUUCCGAAGGCAACCCCUUCGUGGUUUUGGAUAGGAAGCUGCGAGCAACGGCGAGGAAACUGCAAAGCUGGAGCGAUCGGUGGAUAGGGAAUGUCAAGAAUCAGAUUUCUCUCGUGCUCGGGAUCAUCAAGCAGCUCGACGUGGCUAUGGAAGGAAGGGAUCUCUCGCCAGCAGAAAUUGGUCUUCGGCGGGUGCUUAAGCGAUGUUGUGGCUUCGCGAGGGGGACGCCACCUCAGGGUUCUUCUUCCAGCAUGCCAACCAUCGGAGAGAAGAAUCUGAUCAUGGGGCUGCAGGUGGAUGGCGAUCUGUUGACGGGCCAGGAGAAGAUUGCGGGCGCGGUGGACAGUUACUACAGGCAGAUUUUGGGUGUUGCACCAGACAGGGAGUUUAGCCUCAAUUGGGACGCCCUCCAGCUUCCCCGCCUCCAUCUUGAGCAUUUGGAAGCACCAUUCUCGGAGGAGGAGAUCCUCACCGCAAUCAAAUCGAUGCCGAUGGAUAAGGCCCCGGGGCCGGACGGUUUCACCACGCGUUUUUACGCAUGUUGCUGGGGUAUAAUCAAAGCAGACCUUAUGCGAGUAAUGGAGCGGUUCUAUUGGGGUGACAUGAGAGGAUUGCAUGCGAUCAACAAAGCCCUUGUCACACUGCUUCCUAAGGUAGAUGGGGCGGAAGAGCUGAAGGAUUUUCGACCGAGUGCUUUCGUCAGAGGAAGGGCCAUCCACGAUAACUUUAUGAUGGUGCAGGGUAUGGCCAGGAAGUUGCACUCCCUCAAGCAGCCGGCUGUGAGGAUCAAACUGGAUAUAUUGAAAGCUUUUGAUUCGGUGUUGUGGCCCUUUGCGCUGGAAGUACUGCGCGCCCUCUGCUUUGGCUCGCGGUGGGUUUCAUGGAUCACUGGCUUACUUUACACUGCUUCAACCCGGAUCCUCGUCAAUGGCGUGCCCCCAAUCCGGAAUAAGAAGGGGUUUAGGCAGGGUGACCCAUUAUCCCCGAUGAUGUUCAUCUUAAUGAUGGAACCACUCCAGCGGUUGCUUGCCAUGGCGGAUAGUCAGGGCGUGCUCUCGCCUUUGGUGGGGGCUCCAAACAAGAGGGUGUCGAUCUUUGCGGAUGACGUGAUGCUUUUCCUGAAAUCGGAGGCCCAGGACUUGAUCUCUGCAAUGCCAUUCUGGGCUCGUUUGUGGGUGCCUCGGGGCUGCGGGUGA